AUGUCCUCUGCUCAUGAUGCCACCACCAAGAUCUCCAUUGACAAGUUCGACGGCGACAACUACGCGACGUGGAGCCGCUACAUGCGUGGCGUGUUCCUGACCAAGUCGGCGUGGCACGUGGUGAACCGGGAGACCACCCCCACCUUCGCCGAUCCUCGCGCCAGUGACGACUACGUCAAGACGAACAACAUUGCGUUCGGCUUGAUGCUGCUGCACAUGAGCGCGGAUUAUCAUCACGUGGUUGAUGACUGUGAAGAGGCGUGGGUCGCGUGGGCGCGUUUGAAGACGCUGUACGGCGGGUCGCAGAAGGCUGGACGCAUCUACUUGAAGCGCCAGCUCUUCAGUAUGGAGAUGGCGGAAGGCGGCAAUGUGUUGCAUCAUUACAAUGAGGUCCUCAACAUCAGCGCAAAGCUGGCUAGCAUCGGCGCCAAGAUGGAGGACGAGGACGUGGCGAUCUGCUUGUUGCGCAGCCUCCCCAAGAGCUACGAGAACAGGCAAGGUGACAAGACGACAUCGGUGAAGACUGAAGACGCGGCGAAGGCGUUCAGUGCCGAGCGUGAACCUCGCCAGUGCACAUACUGCGGAAAAUUGGGGCACACGGCGGAGCGGUGCUGGACCAAGCAGAAGGACGAAAAUCAAGGUGGAGCUCGACGCGGCGGCAACAAUGCUCGUGAACGCGGAGCCAACAACGUUCAGUGGCGAACCAACAACAACAACGACGACAACUACGAUCGAGUUGCGUUUGCGGUUUCGCUGGAGGCUGGACUUUCGACGGGCAAGAAUAUGCCAGGGAUGUGGGCAGUCGACAGCGGUGCGACGCAUCACAUCUGCAACGACAAAGCCAAGUUUGCAAGCCUGAAUGAGCGAGAGGAAGGCGAACUAUCAGUGGCUGAUGGCAGCAAGGCUGCGAUCAAGGGUGUGGGAACCAUCAUGGAACGUGUGGUUCUGCCCAAUGGUGACGAACGCGACAUUGAGAUCAAGGACGCACUGUUCGUACCAAGUAUGAGCAAGAAUCUGCUUUCGGUGCCACAGAUCAACAAGGGUGGCAGGUUCCAAGUCGUGUUCGAUGGGUCCAAGAUGCAAGUGAAGCGCAAGAAUUCCACACAAGUCGUGGCAACAGCGGAUCUCGUCGAUGGACUUUACUGGCUGCGGACUCCUCAACGAUCGGCAAAUGCAGCAACACGCAAUGGGACCAUCGACUUGCAUGCUCGCAUGGGUCAUGCACCCCUCGAAGUUCUGCGCAAGAUGGUGGCCACCGGCAUGAUCAAGAACGCCAAGGCACCUCUCAACUCGACUGGUCCAAGUGUGUGUCGCGGUUGCCAGCAAGGAAAGAUGGUCCAAAAACCAUUCCCAACCAACCGUGACAAACGCCAAUAUGGUGUUGUGGUGAAGUCGAUCUCACAAAAUUGCUUGUAUGAGUGUCGAUCUUCCACUUGCCCAGACUUGCCGACUCACGGAGGGGGUACUCCGAUCCGUGCCUUGUUGUAUGACCUUGUGCUCACCUUGUGUACCCGUCGGUUGGGCUGGCUUGAGCUCUUCGUAACGGCCUUGGGAGAUGUCGAUCUCGCUGAGAGGUUGGGUUGA